UCAGACUUCUCCUGUGCCACCUCAGGCACAAAGCGGAAGUUGUAAUGUAACUAUCUGACUCCUUUUGGAUUUGCUCUCGGAAAAAGCCAGCCAGCUUGUACAUAAAGUAAGAGGGGGAGGAAAUUCGGGAAAACCCUUCUGACUUUCUUUUUUUUUUUUUUUUUUUUUUCUUGGACUGCUGACGCGUCCACCGGCUAACGUUAGGUGCUAGGUGCUGGAGCACCCUGGACUCAAACCCUCCCAAGCCUCCACCAUGUUCCUCCACUUUCUACUUUUAGGGGCCUUUGUUUUCCAGGCUGAAUGUUACUUUUCAGAGGAAAUGUAUCCAGAGGAGUCGAAGAUGCAGCCUCCUACGGUGGUUAUCGCUAUCCUAGCCCGGAACACUGCGCACUCCCUGCCGUACUACCUCGGAGCUCUGGAGAGGCUCAACUACCCCAAAGAUCGCAUCUCUGUGUGGGCAGCCACGGAUCACAAUACAGAUAACACCACGGCCAUACUGAAAGAGUGGCUUACUGUCAUGCAGAAGUUCUACCAUUAUGUUGAGUGGAGACCAAUGGACCAGCCCACGUCCUAUGCAGGAGAGUUGGGUCCUAAGCACUGGCCCAACAGCAGAUAUGAGUAUGUGAUGAAGCUGAAGCAGGCGGCGCUCAACUUCGCCAGGAAACGCUGGGCCGAUUACAUCCUGUACGCUGACACUGACAAUAUCCUCACCAACCCAGACACACUCAACCUGAUGAUAGCAGAGAACAAGUCAGUCAUCGCUCCCAUGUUAGACUCUCAGGGAGCGUACUCCAACUACUGGUGCGGCAUCACUCCACAGGGCUAUUAUCGUCGAACAGCAGAGUAUUUCCCCACCCGUCACCGUCACAGAACGGGCUGCUUCCCUGUGCCCAUGGUCCACUCCACUAUUCUGCUGGAUUUAAGGAAGGAAGGCAUGAAGAAACUGGCCUUCUACCCUCCUCACGAAGACUACUCGUGGCCCUAUGAUGACAUCAUCGUGUUUGCCUUCUCCUGCCGGGCUGCAGAGGUACAAAUGUACCUGUGUAACAAGGAGCGCUACGGCUACCUGAAUGUCCCGGCCAAACCUCACCACACAUUGGAAGAUGAUCGCCUCAACUUUGUCCACGUCCACCUUGAGUCCCUGAUUGAUGGUCCUCCAAUGCACCCCUCACGAUUUGUCCAUAUGUUCCCCAAACAGAGAGACCUCAUGGGCUUCGAUGAGAUAUUUCUGAUCAAUCUGCGACGGCGUGUUGACCGUAGAGACCGGAUGUUGUUUUCUUUCAAUGAGCUGGAGAUUGACGUCAAGGUGGUGGAUGCUGUGGAUGGAAAUGCCCUGAACAGCAGUGACAUUAAGAUCCUGGGUGUCGACCUGCUGCCAGGCUACUACGACCCGUUCUCUGGACGCACACUAACCAAAGGAGAAGUGGGCUGCUUCCUCAGCCACUUCUUCAUCUGGAAGGAGAUGGUGGACAUGCAGAUGGACAAGGCGCUCGUGUUUGAAGAUGAUGUCCGUUUCCAGGCCAACUUCAAGCGACGAGUCCUGAAGCUGAUGGAGGACGUUGAACAAGUGGAGCUGGACUGGGACAUCAUAUACCUUGGCAGGAAGCAGGUGAAUCCUGGAAAGGAGGAGCCGCUGGAGCACGUUCGCAACUUGGUGUUUGCCGACUACUCGUACUGGACGCUUUCGUACGCCAUCUCUCUGCAGGGAGCCCAAAAACUGCUCAACGCUGAGCCACUGUCCAAGAUGCUUCCUGUCGACGAGUUCCUCCCCAUCAUGUACGACAAACAUCCCAAUGAGGACUACAAGUCCCAUUUCCCCAACAGAAACUUACAAGCCUACAGUACGCGCCCCCUCCUGGUCCAGCCUUGUCACUAUGCCGGUGAUCCCCAGUGGGUGAGCGACACGGAGACGUCGACUCUGUGGGACGAUGACAACGUUCGCACCGAUUGGAGGGGUUCCCACAAGACCCUGAAAGGGGCCGUGCCACCAGACAUGCUGUCAGGGUCCUACAGGGAUGAACUUUAGUGCGGUGCAGACGUGGCUGUGGAGAACCUGCAGGUCAAAAGGCCACGGGGUCAAAGAGACAGAUGCUGAGAGGAGAAAGUAUUCCCAGACUCUAUUUGAGUCCACUCUGUGUCAGGCCACUGACAUGAUCAGUGUCAUUUCAACUGGACUUUUCAAAGCAUGUCAGCGAGUGUGCGGCACAAGAGGAUUUUUUGGGAGGGAAACAUUAUAAGGGACAGUGUUAAUUGAGGCUGUUUGUAAAGAAAAAGAGUUUUAAUACUUGCAUUGUUCCAAACUUUAGAUAUUUUUUAACUUUAUUCGGACACUUUUUUAAUAUUUUGAGACUUUAUACAGUUUUUAUGGCUGAUCAACAGCAUUUUUGUUUGAAUGUAUGCUUGUGAUGGUGUGCAUGCUUGUGAUAACUGUAUGUUUAUAAUGCUAAUUACACAGCUUGUAAAAGGACCUGAAGAGGCAGCCUUACAAGGACUUCUGUUUGUUAAUCUAUUCAUUCCUGACUGAGGCUCCAGUAGCUGCACUGUUCAUAACUCCUGGCAAGUCUGGACAAAAGUUUGAUCGUGUUAUUGCUAUUGUUUUCCUUGUUGGUUUAUCUGUCUGUCUAUCCAUUUCUCUGUAUGUGCUCAUCUUCCAUCGGGACUGUCGUGAGAUACAGUUGUAUUUAAAGGUUAGCUUAAAUUGGUUAAUUGGUCCAGUGUUAAGUGAGAGCGCUGCAGCCGGUAGCGACGAAACAGGCACCAUACGUCCACUAAAAAUGCCUGUGUUAGCCACUGACAGGCUCAGAUUAUUAUUUUAAGUGCCUGACAAUAUUAUGGAAAGGAUCCCUACAGAGAUCACCCUUUUUGUGAAUGAGUAAGAUCCUUUUUGUUUAACCAGAAACAGCCCUGAAAUCACCAUCACCAAACCCACCAGCCUCCAUUUAAAAAAGCAGCAAUUUUAGCAUGUAUGGAGCCAACAUAUUUUAACAUCUAACUGGGUGAAUUAAGGGUUUAUAUUAACCAAAUCAGACAUGAUGAUUGUUUGAACAGUGAAAAGACAAACCACGGCAGGUUUUGUGAGUUUUAUUUUGUUUCUGUCUACUUCAAAUAAUAUGUGUUUAACCAUGACAAAAUUGCUGUUUAUUUGAAUGGAGUCUGGAUGUUUUGACGAUAGCCGUUUCUUAUUAAACAAAAAGGAUCUUACUCUUUGACAAAAAGAUCUGUCUCUGUAGGGAUCCUUUCCAUAAUGUUGUCAGACACUUAUAAUAACAAUCUGAGCCUGUCAGUGGCAAAACAAGAACUUUAAGUGGACCUAAAUUAACAGCACACAAUUGCCCAUUGACAUUAUAUUGCAGCCUGUUUUGUCGCUGCCGGUUGCAGCACUCUCUCUUAAUACUGGACCAACUUCAAAAAUUGUUGUCUUCAUUAGCCACUGAGACAAAGGUAUGGCAAAAUGGGGUCCAGGCUACAAAUACAAAAGUUACCCUUUAACACAAACCUAGACUUGACAUAAUCGAUAUUUCCAUUGGCUUCACUUACAAUUUUAAAGCUGAUGUACCUCAUGGCCUCUACUGUAUAAGUCUGUGUCAGGCCACCAGAUACUAUUCAGGAAGUGUUUUGUUAGUGAAACUAACACAAUGAAUGUUUGCAUUUGAACAAUUUAAGCUUCUUUUAAAUGUUUUUCUUACAUGUCAAGUCAUUAAUAGAUUAAGUGAAAUAACAUUGACUCAUCAGAUCUUCUCAUCUAUGGCUGUGUUUUAAUAUUUCUUACAUUUCACAUUUAGCAAAGUUGAAAAAAAAAGUGAACUCCAUUUGUUGGCAGUGUACAUUUAAAAGGGCUUCUAUGAUUCACCUGGUGGGUAGUGUUCAUCCAAAUAAAAAAUGACCCCACACAUGAAGCAGAAGCCUGUAAAAGCCAUAUUAAAACACAGCCUUUCAAAACCUUUCUGUAGCAUCACUGGGAUCGUCGCAUGUUUUGACUUCAUUGAGUUGCAAUACAAGUUGUCCUUCGAGGUUUCAUAUCAUGAUGAUCAAGUUACACUAAAUUUACAUUACAUUCAUCUGUCUUCUUAAGCAUUUAUGGUGGUCUGAUGUCAUGUAUUCUUUUUCUAUCUGUUAAUAUGAGUGUUGCUUUCCCUUUAUAUGUCUUAAUUUAUUUUUCAAGUCUUUAUUGAUGCGGUUGAUGGAUGAGUCACAUGUCUUGAUGUAAGCAAACAAUCAAAGUGCAAUGACUUUUUUUUUGUCACAAGCCUUUUUUCUUUCUGUCUUUGAGCAAAACAUUUGUAUCCAGAUGAUAUGAAACAGGAUGUUAAGAGCAACUGUGUAGCAAGCUUUACAAAUGUUAAAUGAAAAAAUUGUUUUUACAGUUUUUUUCAUUGUCAGAUUGUGGUUAUGCAUUUUUUAUUAGUUAAUAAAUUGAACUUUGUGUGGA